ACGGAGAAGCAGCUCUCGGACUGAGGUGACAUGGAGCGCGUGCUGCAGUUUUCCGUGCUGGUGUGGAAGAACAUGUACCUUCGCCGCCUGAGGGUGCGUCCGGUCGCCUUCGUCGUCGAGAUUCUCAUGGUGACCGUGCCGUUCAUCAAGAUCCAGAACGAGCGCGGCCGCGGAGGCAAUGACGCCGUGGUCAGCAGCAUAAUCUACCCUGUUUAUACGCCGGACUUAUCAGACCUCAGGUUAGACACGGUUUUCUAUGGGCCCGUCAACAAGUACACGCGCCGCAUCAUUGACGUCGUCCAGAAGAAGCUGCCUGGAGUCGCGGUGAAGACGAUGAUGGACGAGGUGGCGAUGGCGCAGAUGCUCUUCUCAAGGAACGUGACACCCAACUCGGUCGGUCUGUACUUCCAAACUGAAUCUCUCGGUGACGACGUGCCCCACGAUCUUACGUACACCAUCAUGUUCUCGAGUGGUGCAUACGAGAUUACCAAGACCCGCAAGCACGUCACGGAGACCGGACCCUCGCAAGCCGAAGAGCCCAUGUCGCUACGCGUCGCUGCCGUGCAAGCGGCAGUGGACUUGGCACACAUCAACGAGCUGGCGUAUCGGCGCUCCAGCACCAGCUCCCAGGAAGAGCUGACGGUCAAGUUGCGGCAGUUCCCGUUCCCCACGUACCACGAGGACACCGACAACACGAUGUUCCUCAUCGGCCUGCGAAUAGGCAUCGCGUAUGCUUGGCCCUUCUGCUUGGUCAUCACUCGCGCCAUCGAGGAGCGCCAGAGCGGCAUGCAGCUGUUCACGAAGCUGAUGGGCGUUCCACGAACCUGGUUCUGGAUUGUCCAAUACCUUUGCGCCAUGUCUACCUGGACACUGAGCAGCGUACUGGUGCUCGCCAUGAUGAGCCAAAUCAACGGUCCUUACGGAUUGGCAUUCAUCUUCCGCACCAACCCGACGCUCGUGUUCUCGGCCAUGCUCAUCUUCAACUCGGGAUACGUCCUCAUCGGCCUCUUCACCUCGUUAUUCUUCGACACAGGUACGCCCGUUUACACAAGCUCGCAUCGGUAUCAAUCAGAACUGAUAGCACCCAUAGCACUGGUAUCCAAGAGUGCUUCUCUAGGUCUGCAGAAUUGA